AUGGCUGCCAAGUACAAAAAUGGACGGAAACAAACGCCGAAAAUGAAAAGGCCAAACAAAGGAAAGAUCUUCAAAAAGCGGUGGCCCGAAAACAAGGAAAAGUCGAGUGCGUUGAGGAAGCGUGGGAAUUUCGCGUUUCUUGAUACUCCAGAAGGUGCACAAACUGUGCAGUGUUCACAUGGUCCUUGCCUCUUCUUUGGUCAAACGGAGAAUGGAGAGAUUUCUCAUCGUUUCUUCGCCUGUGCUGUUUAUCGAGAUAACCCAGAAAAGUGUCCUUUCAAAGAGGAAGCUGAUGAGACGGGAGCGCUUUUGAAUCCGGAAAAUCUUCCGCCAAAAAAGAAAAAGCAAAAACUCCUCUACAACAAUGUGAAUAAAAGGUUGCAAGCGAUUCCCAAGGAUAAGAAAAUCGUUUGGUGCAAAGAGUGUCUUUCGGUUUUCCCAGGGACACACGAGCACGCGGAUUGUCAGUUCAUUAAACGAAGCAUCGUUAAGACACCGUCGAAGCUUCUCGAAACGCUAAAAGAUGGAAAGGGAGAAGCACAAUAUUUCUUCUCCGACGAGUCGACUGGAGUUUUGCAGGAAAUUAUUGCUUCGCUGGAUAUUGAUUCGAUACUUUUCAUAGGCUGCCCAACUCUGAUGGAAAUGUUUCGUGCGGAGAAAAGCGAGAAACAGCUCUUUUUGUUAGACGUUGAUAAACGAUAUGGCGCUUUCUACAAGAAGAACCAAUUUGCACAAUACAGCCUGUUAACGCAUCACUUCUAUGAUCGAUUGAGCAAAAAGAGGUUUACCGACUUUCUACAAAAUUCGGGAAAAUUGCUUGUUAUCUGUGAUCCACCAUUUGCCGUUCUCGUUGAGCCGAUGGUUCGAAGUUUAGACUUGAUCAAAGAAGAGUUCAUAAGUUCAACUGCAGAAUCAAACCCGGCCAAAGGUUUCUAUUCGAUUCUCGUGUUGCCGUUGUACGUUGGAAAACGGGUACUCCACGCAUACAAGGAUUUUGCGGUGCACGAUUAUAGGGUUACAUAUUCGAAUCACAGGGCCUUUUCGAAGCCAAAUCGAACGAGCGUCCGUUUCUUCACAAAUAUCCCGCUGCAGAAGAUUGAUUUGAAGGGACAUGAUGGUUACAAAUUUUGCGACUAUUGCGAGUUUUGGGUGCACGAUACGAAUAAGCACUGCUUCAUGUGCAUGAAAUGUACUUCAUUGGAUGGAACCCCGUACAAACAUUGUGCCCCGUGUAUGCGAUGUGUGAAGCAAAGCUAUCGUCAUUGCCACAAGUGUGAAAGAUGUCACUUGCCGGGGAGGUGCGCAAAUACAACCAAUCCAAAUGCGGCGAAAGAAUUUGAGAAUGAUGAAGAUGAAGAGUCCGAGGAACGCUACUUUGAUGUUGAUGAAGAAGAA